GCUGAAGGAAUUAGGAAGAAUGCUUUGGUUACUUUAAAUUUAGGCAUUUCUUAAAUCAUUCACCCAUUCUUGAUGUUCUUUGAAGAAUGGAAUAGUAAUUUGGUUGUCUUCUAAAUUGUGGAGUGGCUACUUUCACCCAGUCUUGUGGGAGGGUCCAGGGAGGCAGCCCCGCCCCAGUGCAAACUUAUUUACUGUGAGGCUCUCAUUCCUUGAAGUUUUUUGUUUUCACCUCUAACUCAGCCGCGUGCCUGUCAGGAGGAACUGUAACAAGGCUUUCUGCCCAUCACCGCCCACCCAUGGCACCUCUCCCGGAGUAAGCUAUGGGCACUGAAUUUGUCGGGUUAUAUUGAUCACGUAUUCUGGCCCCUUUUUCUAGUUGGGAGUUUCCUUUUUGCAGUCUAGCCUUUCCCGGGCUGCCGGCGUGGAUCCCGGGACCCUGCCGGUUUCCCGCUGCCGCGCCAGCAGACCCAUACACUACGGGGACUCUGCGCCAACGACCGGGGCGCCGCUCCUUCGGUGCCGAGGUGUUGACGGCCAAGAGUUUGGCCUGAAAAGCCAAAAGCCCGAGUGUACUACCGCGCAGGCGCUCAGGGACGGUGGGACGACGCAGACCUGGCAGCAACAUUACGCUCCCGCCACUUCCGGUGCUCGCCUCGCCCCGCCCCUGGGUCGAGUGCCUCGCUCUUCCGAGUCUCUAUGGUAUCAACUUCCACCGCGCUCCACUCCUCGCGAGACUUCGGCGGCGCAGCAAUGGCGAGAUCAUGCCGCGUCACUGCUCCGCCGCCGGCUGCUGCACAAGGGACACGCGCGAGACGCGCAACCGCGGCAUCUCUUUCCACAGCGGGUAUCACAGGCUGAAGGAGGGGGCAGUUCCCACGAUAUUUGAGUCCUUCUCCAAGUUACGCCGGACAACCAAGACCAAGGGGCACAGUUACCCACCUGGCCCCCCCGAUGUCAGCCGGCUCCGGCGAUGCAGGAAGCGCUGCUCUGAGGGCCGUGGGCCCACGACUCCAUUUUCUCCACCACCACCUGCUGAUGUCGCCUGCUUUCCUGUGGAAGAGGCCUCAGCACCUGCUGCUUUGCCUGCCUCCCCCACUGGGAGGCUGGAGGCUGGCCUCAGCAGCCCCUUCUCAGACCUCUUGGGGCCCCUGGGUGCCCAGGCAGAUGAAGCAGGCUGCAGUGCCCAGCCCUCGCCGGAGCGGGAGCCAGAGCGGCAGCCAUCCCCCCUUGAGCCACGGCCUGUCUCCCCCUCAGCCUACAUGCUUCGUCUCCCACCCCCAGCCGGAGCCUAUAUCCAGAAUGAGCACAGCUACCAGGUGGGCAGUGCCCUGCUCUGGAAACGGCGGGCUGAGGCUGCACUCGAUGCCCUGGACAAGGCCCAGCGCCAGCUGCAGGCUUGCAAGCGGCGAGAGCAGCGGCUGCGGCUGCGGCUGAGCAAGCUGCAGCAAGAGCGGGCACGGGAGAAGCGGGCACAGGCAGAUGCCCGCCAGACUCUGAAGGAGCAUGUGCAGGACUUUGCCAUGCAGCUGAGCAACAGCAUGGCUUGAGUGAGGGGCUGCUGGGCCCGGAGCUGACUUGAGAGGUUGCCUCUUAGGGCUUCAGCCUCUUCCCCCCUUAGAAUCCACCUGGAGAAGGACCCCAUCUGAGCUGUGUCCACCAGACCUGCCAGAUGCCAUAAUAAAGUGGAUUCUAGGAGGCCCUG